AUGAGAACACAGGAGGAGCCAGCCCUCCCGCCCCCCCGUCCCCGCCACCUACCCCCCACAGUAGCAGCCGCGGGAGGGGAGAGGCAGGGCAGUGGGUGGUGCUCUGCUGGUGGGGUUCUCUGCUGGCGGGGUUCUUGGCUGGCGGGGUUCUCUGCUGGCGGGGUUCUCUGCUGGGGGGGUUCUCUGCUGGUGCUGGUUCCUGGUGCUGGCGGCUGGUGCUGCAGCUGCGAAGUCGACGGGCGGGCGGGGAAGAGGUGUGACUGGCGGAUGCUGGCGCUGGCGGCCGCCACUCCGUUCCCCCUUUCCUCUUCGCCCCCACUGCGCCCGUCGCUGUUUCUGUGCCACGGAGCCGCGACGAGGCAGCGUGACGGCGGCGGGUCCAUUGGCGGGCUCGCUCGCGGGCCCGUUGAAGUGUUCGUCGGCGGGCGUGCUCACACGCGCGCUGGCGUGUCCGUCAGUGGGCUUGCUGGCGCUCUCGUUGGCGGGUCCGUCGGCGGGUUUCCUGGCGGGUCCGUCGGCGGGCUUGUUGGCGCUCUCGUUGGCAGAACUGACGGCGGGUCCGUCGGCGGGUUUGCUGGUGGGUCCGUCGGCGUGCUUGCUGGCGGGUCCGAUCCUGGCGUUCCUGGUGCGUUCCUGGCGUGCGCGGUGGCGUGCGUUGCUGGCAGUGCGCGGGCGACGGGCUGA